CAUGUAUCACUCCCGGGCUGCUUUAUUCAAAGUUCUUGUUAGGGUUCAUGAUGUCUAUGAGCACAUCAUCCCUCAUGUCCAACCAGAAGAACUCGCCACCUAUGAACAAUCGAAGGCUGCCGAUCUCUCUCUCUGGAAUCGUCUUGAUGCUGCAGUUUUACAAUGGAUAUAUGGGACUAUAUCCAACAACCUUCUUCUUGCUAUCCUUUUGAAAGACGACACCGCUCAUGCAGCUUGGGCUCGUCUUGAAUCCUUGUUCCAAGACAAUAAAGUUUCCCGGGCAACCCACCUUGAAGAGGAAUUGUCUGAUCUCAAUUUUGAGAAUUUCUCGUCAAUUGAUAGCUACUGCAACCACAUCAAAACCCUGGCUGAUCGUCUUGAAGAUGUUGACGCUCCUAUCCCGAACAGUCGCCUUGUUCUUAAACUCACUGGUGGUCUCCCUGAAGCAUACUCUGGCACCGUUGAUUUCAUCCAAAACAGGACCCGAUUCCAUCAUUUGAGAGUUGUCGCUCUCGCCUGAAGCUUGCUGAGCGCACCAUUAAAAUUCGUCUGGCAAAGGAGAAUGGCUCUAGUAGUCGUGCGCAGACGGCUCUUGUUGCCUCCCCUGGCGGACAGCAACACCACACAGCCAAAAACUCUGGGUCCUCUCGUUUUCAUUCCAGAAACAAUAAGCCGAAGAAAACAGGUUCUAAACCUGGUAACGGGAAACCAUUUGGCAAUAUGAACCAACAGCCCACUUCCUUUCCUACUGGGCAGACUUGGCAGCAGCAACCAUGGGCUUCUUGGGCUCCCCGGUUCUCUCACUGGCCUGUUCCUACACCAUGCCCAAUCCCGCCACUUCUUGGGCUCCUCGAGCUGCUGCUCUGCAUCUGGGUCUGCGAUCUGCUGCACCGGGUAUUCUUGGCCCUCGGCCUCCUCAAGCCUACAAUGCUAUGGGUUCAUCUGUCAGUUAUACUCCUACAGACAUUGAAGCAGCCAUGCAUGCUCUUUCCUUCACUCAACCUGACGGGAAUUACUACAUGGAUACUGGUGCAACUUCACAUAUGACUGCGGAUCAAGACGGGAACCAUACUCCUGAGAUGUGAUAGUACCGGUGACUUAUACCCUUUAUUCGCCAACACUCCAGUCAACUCAUCCGUCCCUCAUUCUGCACUCACUGCCAUAUCUCCCGAUCUUUGGCACAUCCGCUUAGAACAUCCUGGCGCUGCUGUUCUUAGAUCUCUUAGGCAUUCAAAUUUAAUUGAUUGUAAUAAAAGUCAUAUGACAUAUUGUUCCUCUUGUCAUCUUGGCAAACAUUCCAAAAUGCCUUUUUAUAAUUCUAUGUCAUAUACUGUUCUUCCCUUUGAUAUCAUUCAUAGUGACUUAUGGACAUCUCCUAUUAUUAGUUCGGCUGGCCAUAGUUAUUAUGUGUUGUUUCUUGAUGAUUAUAGCAAAUUCCUAUGGACUUUCCCUAUCUCAAAGAAAUCCCAAGUUCAGCACUUAUUCAAAUCUUUUUAUUCUCUUAUCUCUACUCAAUUUGAACGUAAUAUUAAGACGUUUCAAUGUGACAAUGGCACCGAAUAUAUUAAUACCACCUUUAAAGAAUUCUUUGAUAACCAUGGCAUGUUAUUCCGUCUUUCUUGUCCUCAUUCUUCUCCCCAAAACGGAAAAGUCGAACGCCACAUAAAAUCAAUCAAUAACAUCAUUAGGACUUUACUUGCUCAUGCCUCCCUGCCCCUCUCCUUCUGACAUCAUGCUUUACAAAUAGCUACAUAUCUUCUAAACAUUCUACCCACCAAAGUCCUAGGAUUUCAGUCACCCACUCAAAUCCUCUAUCAAUGUGAUCCCAUAUAUUCAGAUUUACAUGUUUUUGGUUGCUUAUGCUUUCCCUUCUUUCCAUCCACUUCCAUAAACAAAUUACAAGCACGCUCCACUCCUUGUGUGUAUCUUGGUCCUGCUAAGAAUCACCGUGGUUUUAAAUGUUACAACAUGUCAACCGGGAAAAUCAUUAUUUGUUGUCAUGUGAAGUUUAUUGAAACCGAAUUCCUAUUUUCUAAACUUCAUAAACCACAACAACAUGAUUAUGACCCUCUGGAUGUGAACUCACUUUCCCACCAUUUCCAUUACAGUACUUCCCCCUCAGUUGGUCGAGAGGAGCCCGACUCUAAUGGGCCAUCCCCUGCCCCAUCUUCUGCCCCGUCCAGUAGCAUUGUUCAGUCCAGUCCACCCCCAGAUUCUGCCCCGUCCAGCAGCCCUGACCAUCCUCGUCCAGUCUCUUCUCAGCCUACACCUUCCAUCAUUCCUAGCCCAGAAAAUUCCCAAACUACCCAACCUAUUCCUAUUUCCCAUCCAAUGACCACUAGAGCCAAACAUGGCAUCUACAAACCAAAUCCCAGAUAUUUCCACAAUCUACACACCACUUCCAUCUCCCACAUAUCUCCUAUACCCAUGACCCUGUAAGUGCUAUUCGUGACCCCAAUUGGAAAAAUGCAAUGUUAGAUGAAUUUAAUGCUUUAAUUGAUAAUAAUACAUGGGAAUUGGUACCUCGGCCCAAGGAUGUGAAUGUUAUUAGAUCUAUGUGGAUUUUUCGGCAUAAACGACAUUCUGAUGGUUCGUUUGAGCGAUAUAAAGCUCGUCUUGUAGGUAAUGGGAAUACUCAACAGUAGGGUAUUGAUUGAGAUGAGACUUUCAGUCCGGUUGUUAAACCAGCCACUAUUCGUAUUGUCCUUAGCAUUGCCCUCUCCAAAUCUUGGUCCAUCCAUCAAUUGGAUGUCAAGAACGCUUUUCUACAUGGCUAUCUCAAUGAAACAGUCUAUAUGCAUCAGCCCCUGGGUUUUCGUGACAAGAGUCGUCCUGACCAUGUGUGUCUACUGAAGAAAUCCCUUUACGGCCUAAAACAGGCUCUGAGGGCGUGGUAUCAGCGUUUUGCUGAUUUUGUAUUCACUAUUGGUUUUUCUCAUGCUAAAUCUGAUCAUUCCUUAUUCAUUUAUAAACAGGGUACAAACAUGGCUUAUAUUCUUUUAUACGUUGAUGAUAUUAUUCUUACAACAUCUUCUGAUCAUCUACGGAAGCAUUUUUUGACUCUCUUGGGCAGUGAGUUUGCUAUGAAAGAUCUUGGUCCUUUGAGCUAUUUUUUGGGCAUUGGUGUCACAAGCACUCCUCACGGUAUGUUAUCAUCUCAAACACAGUGCCACCGAAAUUCUGGAACGAGUAGGCAUGUCUAAUUGUAGCUCCUGUCACACACCUGUUGACACUAAACCAAAGCUCAGUGCCUCUGAAGACACUCCUUAUGAGGACCCAACCAAGUAUCGGAGUCUGGCCGGUGCUCUACAGUAUUUUACUUUUACUAGACCAGCCAUUUCUUAUGCCGUCAACAAGUUUGUCUCCACAUGCAUGAUCCUCGGGAUGAACAUAUGAAUGCUCUUAAGCGCAUUUUACGCUAUCUACAGGGUACUCUAUCACUCGGACUACACCUCUAUAAAUCUUCCCUCACAAAGUUAAUUUCUUAUACUGAUGCUGAUUGGGGAGGAUGCCCGAAUACCAGGCGAUCUACUUCUGGUUAUUGUGUAUUUUUUGGUGACAAUUUGGUCUCUUGGUCAUCCAAGCGACAACCAACCUUGUCCCGUUCUAGUGCAGAAGCUGAGUACCGCGGGGUUGCAAAUGUAGUUUCUCACUCAUGUUAGAUUAGAAACUUGUUACUUGAAUUACAUUGUCCCAUCCAGAAAGCUACCCUGGUUUAUUGUGAUAAUGUGAGUGCCAUUUAUCUGUCUGGUAACCCGGUGCAACAUCAACGCACCAAACACAUUGAGAUGGACAUUCAUUUUGUUCGUGAAAAAGUCACCAAGGGUGAAGUACGUGUUCUUCAUGUUCCCUCCCGUGAUUGCGGACAUUUUUACAAAGGGACUACCGCGUAUAUUAUUUGAUGAUUUCCGUGACAGUCUUGGCAUUUGUUAUAUUUGUUAAGUGUAUAUUUAGCCUCAUCAUUAGCCUAAUGUUUAACCCUUCAUUGUAGCUAAUCAGUAUUGUAUUCAUAGCCUAACUUUACGUUUGUAACAGCUGUACUCUUGUAUAUAAAUAAGCCUUUGAGCUUAAUGACAUACAAAGGCAAUUAUAUUCUUUCAAUUGCUAAA